AUGGAGACCGCAGUCCUCAGAGCAGGGGCCAGACAGAGCAGGGGCCAGACAGAGCAGGGGCCAGACACAGCAGGGGCCAGACAGAGCAGGGGCCAGACCGAGCAGGGGCCAGACAGAGCAGGGGCCAGACAGAGCAGGGGCCAGACAGAGCAGGGGCCAGACCGAGCAGGGGCCAGACAGAGCAGGGGCCAGACACAGCAGGGGCCAGACAAAGCAGGGGGCCAGACAGAGCAGGGGCCAGACAGAACAGGGGCCAGACCGAGCAGGGGCCAGACACAGCAGGGGCCAGACACAGCACAGUGGGCCAGGCACAGCAGGGGGCCAGACACAGCAGGGGGCCAGACACAGUGGGGGCCAGACACAGCAGGGGGCCAGACACAGCAGGGGGCCAGACACAGCAGGGGUCCAGACACAGUGUGUACACUCUGUUCUAAAUGCCUGGAGCCUAAUGCAGAGUAA